AUGGAGGCCGAUGCUUUCGUCAGCACCGCGUCAAUGGCCUCUCCUGGCAUCACCAUGCCCAUGGCACCCCCUCAAGACCAAGGGAACCUCUCAGUGGUGCCACUGCUAAUCGAAAAUCCGCCAACAGCCACAGCUGACACGCAAAAAUAUCCAAGCGCGCGCAACUUCUGCUCCGACCCAAACUGCACCAAGAAGGUCGUGAGUAAAGGCAAAUGCUUCCAACAUGGCGGGGGCAAACGCUGCUCGUUCCCAAACUGCAACAACCGCGCUCGAGUCAAGGGAUUGUGUGCUGCCCACGGGGGGAGUAGACGCUGCUCGUACCCUGGAUGUACCAAUUGUGCCCAGUUCAAGGGGCUGUGUGUCGCCCACGGCGGAGACAAGAAGUGUUCCCAUUCGGGCUGCUCCAAGCACGCGUUGACUGGGGGAAAGUGCUUUCAACAUGGAGGGGGUUACAUGUGCUCCCACAUUGGAUGCACCAACCAAGCCUAUAUGGACGGCCGCUGUGUGGCUCAUGGAGAUCGCAAGCGAUGUCGCCGACCGUGUGAGUUUCCUGGUUGUGUCAAGCAUUCGGUGUCGAAAGGGAAGUGUUUUGAGCAUGGAGGAGGGAGAAUGUGCUCGGAGCUGGGAUGUUCGGGUGAAGCUCGAGUAGGAGGCAAGUGCUACAGUCACGGUGGGGGGAAGAGGUGCUCGGAACAAGGGUGUUUGAAGCACGCACAGCAAGGAGGAACAUGCAUCGCGCAUGGCGGAGGAAUCCACUGUUCUCACCCAGGAUGUAGCAAAAGUGUUCAAUCGAAGAGCAAGUGUCAUUCGCAUGGUGGAGCGAAGAUUCGUCUAUAA